GGCGGCAGCUGCCUGUUCGAGCUGGAGCCGGCGCUGAGCCGGGCGCGGGACGUGCUGCACCUGGGCCCGGCGGGGCAGUGCGCGCAGCCCGCCGGCGCCCACAGCAAGCUGCUGCUGCCCUACGGCACCGACAACAGGACGCUCGCGGGCUGGACGCUGCACAAAGGCACCUGCCAGCUGCUCCGCGGGCUCAAGGUGGAGCGCAACCAGAGCGAGGUGGUGAGCUGCCUGCCCCGCGGCUCCACGGCCGGCGUCGUCUUCCGCUGGGCGGGGGGCGACUACGUGGCCGUGGCCGCCACCUACUCGGUGGACGGGCAGUUCAGCUGCGGCCUGGUGCCCUCGGAGGCCAAGACCGUGCUCACCAUCCGCUACCUGGGGGACCUGAUGCCCACGGACAGCUUCGACGUGCUCAAGUACAAGCACGCGCCGCUGCACUUUGUGGACGCCUUCUUGUGGCACGAGCACCUCUUCUUCCCCUACUACCGCCUGCCCCAUGGGCCGCCCAGCGUCGUGGUGCUCAACAGCAGAGGGCACUUCCACACUCCUUCCCAGGUGCGCCUGAGCUGCGGCUGCCGCGGCCACAUCCUGGCUUCCAGCAUCCUGCCGCAGCAGGGGUUUUGGGCUGCCGUCUUUGCCAACCAAACAGAGCAGCCGGCCUGGGCCGCGCCGGCCUGGGACAACACUGCGCUCUGCCUCUUCGACCUGGCGUUCCUGCAGGACGCCAACCCGAAAUGCCUCUCCAACGACUUCGACUCCACCGGCUGCGAAACUGUGCCGACAGUGAAAAAGUCACCGACCUUGAUUCACUCUGAUUUAUCAGCUGUUUAUGCUACUGUCGUUUUGAACAAGAUAGUUUUGUUCUUGGGAACAAAUAAUGGACAGUUACUGAAGGUUAUUCUUAACAAGAAUCUGGAACCGAAUUGCCCUGAAAUUUUACAUGAAAUAGAAGAAGAAACACCAGUUUUUCCCAAACUUGCACUUGACCCAGUGGAUAGUAACUACAUAUAUUUGGCAUCUGCUAACGAGGUGAGGAGAAUACAAGUUGCAAACUGCAGUAAUUAUGUUUCUCAUUCAGAUUGUUUGUCUGCAGAGGAUCCAUACUGUGAAUGGUGUCAUUUAACUAACAGGUGUACCUUGAAAGGAAAUUGUACACGUUCAGACAGUUUACCAGAUUUGGUUAACAGUUCACAUGAAGUGGAUCAGUAUGUUGUAAUCCAGAUAAGGAUCAUGCAUCAUGAAAAUAAGAUUCUCAAGAUUAUUGUGAUGACAGUUGGAAAUGUUCCACCUGAUUUCCAAAAGGAUUCUUUUUGUAGGAUAAAAAAUGCAAAACAAACCAAUAUACUUUGUGAAAAUGAAAAGCAACAAAUCUUGAACUGCAGCUGCAGUGUAACAUACACAGCACCAACUACCAAUGAUUGUUCGGCAGUUGAAGUGUCCGUCAUCUCAGGCUCUUGGAAUUUAUCAGAGACAGUUCUGUUGCCAAACUGCUUACAUUGCAGUGGUACUGGUGAAAAUGAUUGUUCCUGUUGGCCUAAUGAUGAUGUCAUAGAUCAGUAUAUCCACAUUAAUUCCAUAAAACCUUCAUCAAUAUCAACAUUAGGGAAAGGUGAAGUGAUCAUUGAAGGAAGAAACUUCACACAAGCACCAGAUUUGAAGGUGGUGUUGACUGGGCCUGGUGGCUGUAAACGAAAAAUCAUCAGUGUUGGCAAGGUGUUAAACGACACACACAUGAUAUUCUCUCUCCCUCCGGGACGCAAAGAAGCCAAGAGAGUUUGCAUAAGCACUGCUGAGCGUAAGUGCUCAUCACCAGUGACGCUAUACUAUGUCUCACUACCAUCAUGUAUUAAUAUUAGACCAAACAGCUCCUGGGCCAGUGGUGGUCGCAAAAUAACUUUGUUUGGUAGAAAUGUUAAUGUAGCAGAUGGUGUGGUUAUUUCAGAUGAACAGAGAUCACAUCUGAAUGUCUCAAGUUACCCUGAAAAUACUACUUGGUGUCAUUUUCUAGCACCAGCAGUUAGCCAUGCAAAAGCAAGUAAAAUUGUCGAUGUGCUCUUAAAAGUGGAAAAUGUCCACAAACCAUGUAUUAAGUUGCAAUAUCAUCCUGAUCCUGUAUUCAUUAGCUACCAACUGCAAACUGAGAUGGACCCUCAUCUGGAGUUAAAGUUAUAUAAAGAAAAUGACAACUUAGACAUUUCCAAAAAUGAGAUUGAAGUUUUUCUCCAGUAUGAGAGUGGUUCACAUUUGAGAACCAUACAUUUCAGUGUUCAAAAUAUUACCAAAAACCCGAAACGCAGUACUGUUCUGUGCAAAGGCAAAAGGGAAAGUCAAGACAAAAUUGAUUUUUCUACAGUGAAAAUUUACGUCAAAUUAGGAAACUUAAACCAUGAAGUCAAAGCAAAAUCAUCACACAUGUAUUUGUAUGUGCUUAUUUUGCUCCCUGUCUUACUCCUGGCUGUAAUUGUAGUGGCAUUCAUAGUAACUAGACGUAAAUCCAAAGAGUUAACCCAUAAACUGAGUGAACAACUUGAACUGCUGGAAUGUGAGCUUCGGAAAGAAAUACGUGAGGGAUUUGCUGAACUGCAGAUGGAUAUGUCAGAUGUGGUGGAUAGUUUUGGAACUGUUCCCUUCCUUGACUACAAACAUUUUGCUCUUAGAACUUUCUUCCCAGAGCCAAAAACACUUGCAGCUCCCUUCACAGAAGACAUGCACACUAGUGUACCGCCGGACAGAGACCAAACUCACAAGGAUGAAAGCCUCACUCUGUUACAGACUUUAAUUUGUAACAAGAAUUUUCUUGUUACUCUCAUUCACACCUUUGAAAAGCAGAAAACCUUCUCGGUGAAAGAUAGGUGUUUGUUUGCUUCCUACUUGACCAUUGCACUACAAACUAAGCUAGUCUACCUAACCCGUAUUCUAGAAGUCUUGACAAAGGACUUGAUGGAGCAGUCUAGCAACGUGCAACCUAAGCUCAUGCUAAGGCGCACAGAAUCAGUGGUAGAAAAACUGCUAACAAAUUGGAUGUCCGUUUGUCUUUCUGGUUUCCUCCGGGAGACGGUUGGUGAAACUUUUUAUUUGCUUGUGACAGCCCUGAAUCAGAGGAUAAACAAAGGUCCUGUGGAUGUAAUAACUUGCAAAGCCCUCAACACAUUAAAUGAAGACUGGCUGCUGUGGCAAGUGACUGAAUUCAGCACAUUGACACUGAAUAUCAUCUUUGAAAAAACCCCAGAUAAUGAGAAUGCAGAUACCUGUCAGACUAUCUCAGUCAGUGUUCUGGAUUGUGAUACUAUAGGGCAAGCCAAGGAGAAGAUCUUUCAAGCUUUUGUAAAUAAGAAUGGUUCCCUUUAUGGUCUUCAGCUUGAUGAAAUUGGUCUUGAACUUCAGUCUGGUGCACAGCAAAAAGAACUGUCAGAUAUAGAUGAGUCCUCCCCGAUUCUGGAAGAUGGGAAAACAAAGCUAAACACCAUUGGUCACUAUGGGAUUUCAGAUGGUGCCACCGUCAAAGUCCUUAAAAAGAAAACACCAGAUGUGGAUUACUCUGAUGAAUACUGUCAUUUGAUUUUACCAAACUCUGAAACAGUGAAAGAUAUUCAGGGAGCAAAAACCAAAGGAAAGCAGAAAUUCAAAGUAAAAGAAAUGUAUCUGACAAAGCUGCUGUCUACCAAGGUUGCAAUUCAUUCCGUUGUCGAAAAGCUCUUCAGAAGCAUCUGGAGCUUACCUAACAAUAAAGCCCCUGUUGCUAUCAAAUACUUUUUUGACUUCUUGGAUGCUCAGGCUGAAAGUAAAAAGAUCACAGAUCCUGAUGUGGUACAUAUAUGGAAAACCAACAGUCUUCCUCUUCGCUUCUGGGUGAAUAUACUGAAGAACCCCCAGUUUGUCUUUGAUAUUAAGAAGACUCCACAUAUAGAUGGUUGUUUGUCAGUAAUUGCACAAGCUUUCAUGGAUGCCUUUUCUUUAACAGAACAUCAGCUGGGGAAGGAAGCACCAACAAAUAAACUUCUCUAUGCCAAGGAUAUUCCACUCUACAAGGAGGAAGUGAAAGCUUACUAUAAAGAAAUCAGGGAUUUGCCUCCAUUGUCCUCUUCAGAAGUAGAUGACUUUUUAAUUCAGGAAUCUAAGAAACAUGAAAAUGAAUUCAAUGAGGAAGUGGCCUUGACUGCAAUCUACAGAUACAUAAAAACCUACCAUGAGGAAAUCCUGACUAAGCUAGAGAGAGACGGGGGACAAGAGGAAGCCCUGAAGCAGUUGCUGCAAGUAAAAGCCUUAUUUGAUGAAAAGAAAAAAUGCAUGUGGAUGAGAACAGAGCACUGCUGAGAUGUGGCAAAUUGCUAAAAUAGAGCUACUGGUACCAUAGUCAGGUUGGGAGGCUGUAUGGAUAGUGAGCUGUUGUUCACCACUUUUACCAUUUAAACUGUUGUUUAAGUGUAAGACAUCAGAGAAGAAGGUCUGUUGAGCUAGACUGUCAAAUAUCGGCAGGUGCAAAUGUGUGUGAAUGUAACGCCUAUGCAUGCAGCCUCCUUGGCAUACACUUACUUGUGUGCCCAUUCACCCGGGCUUGAAUAGCUGGCUGAAAGAAAGACUUAAAAAACCUUAAGGCAAACCUGCAGAAACCA